GGAGCAUCAGUGUGACUCGUCACAUGAGCAGUGUGAGGAAGAGCGCAGUGAGCAGACCAACCUGUCAGCGACCAAAACCAACUGUGAACACACCACGUUACAGGAGGAGGGCAGGACACAGCAGCUCCUCCCUCUGCUCAAACACACUGAACCAGGAAACACUCUGCAUUUGCUCAAAGGAACCUCAGCGGAGUCAAACCCUCAACACACAAACUACAGACAUGUCCUCCACCAGAGACCAGAGCUCUGAGGAGAUGUUCCUGUGCUCCAUCUGUCUGGAGGUGUUCUCUGAGCCAGUGUCCACUCCAUGUGGACACAACUUCUGCCGACGCUGCAUCUCUCAGGCCUGGGACACUGAUGGACCCUGCACAUGUCCUCUGUGUAAAGAGAUGUUCCACAGAAGACCACAGCUCAAGGUCAACACGCUCCUGAAGGAGGUGGCCUCAACGUCUAACCUGGAGAAGAAGAAGAGCAGCUCUAUGGAGAACAUGCCCGACUUUACAGAGGUGCAGUGUGACGUGUGCUCUGAGCCCAAGCUGAAGGCCCUCAAGACCUGCCUGGUGUGUCUGUGCUCCUUCUGUGAGAGCCACCUCCAGCCUCAUCUCACAGUCUCUGGGCUGAAAAGACACCAGCUGAUGGAGCCUGUGGAAAACCUGGAAGACAGGAUGUGUCCCACACACCAGCGCCCCCUGGAGCUCUUCUGUGACACUGAUGAGAAGAUCCUGUGCAUGAUGUGCUCCAUUCUAGAUCACAAGAACCAUGAGCUGUUGUCUCUGGAGGAGGCGUGUGAGCGCAGGAGGUCCUCUCUGCUGCAGACUCAGGCUCAGAGCCAGUACAUGGUGGAGCAGAGGAGGCAGAAGAUCCUGGAGAUCCAGAGGCUCCUGGAGCUGAGUGAGACAGAGGCCGUCAGAGAGAGGUCUGCGGGGCUGCAGGUCUUCACUGCUCUCAUGCAGUCUGUUCAGAGGAGUAUGGACCUCUUCUUAGAGGAGCUCCAGGAGAAGCAGAGCCGGAGCCACAGACGAGCCCAGGAUCUGCUGCAGCGGCUGAAGCAGGAGAUCUGUGAUCUGGAGCAGAGCAGCGCUGAGGCCCAACGUCUCUCACGCUCUGAAGACCCCCUCCACUUCCUACAGCGCUGCCCUGCACUCACGCCCCCUGCUGGGCUUAAGGAGUGGAGCAGCGUGAACUUUGAGCCGGAGACGUGUGAGGGCAGUGUGUCCCGGGCUCUGUCUGAGCUGAAGAACAGUCUCCCUCAGGAGUUUAACAAACACUUUAAAGAACUGGCCUCAGAGUCUAAGAAAGCUGAGCUGAGGAGAGCGCAGCAGAGUGCGGUGGAGGUGACUCUGGACCCAGACACCAAUCAUCCUGCUCUCGCUCUGUCUGAAGAUCUCAAACAGGUUCAUUGUACUGAUGUGAAGAAGAAACUCCCAGAUUCUCCUCUAAGGUUUGAUUUUGGUGUUUGUGUUUUAGGAAAACAGAGUUUUUCUUCAGGCAGGUUUUACUUUGAGGUUAGGGUCAAAGGAAAAACAGAGUGGGAUUUAGGAGUGGCCCAAGAAUCCAUCAACAGGAAGGGAAUGAUCACUUUAAAUCCUAAACGUGGACUGUGGUGCAUUGGCUUAAGAAACAAAGAUGAGUACAAAGCCUGGACUGUCCCUUCUGUCCGUCUGUUUCCUCAGAGAGCUCCUCAGAAGGUCGGGGUGUUUGUGGACUAUGGGGAGGGUCUGGUUUCCUUUUAUGACACAGAUUCUGCAGAUCUCCUCUUCUCCUUCACUCGCUGCUGCUUCAGGGAGAAACUGUUUCCAUUUUUCAGUCCCGGUAACAAUUUUGGAGGUUCAAACUCUGCUCCUCUGGUCGUCACUGCAGUGGAGACUUUGAGUCGUGACAAAGUAUAAAAGUAAAAGUAGUGAAUUUAAAGAUGGGGAUGUGACUUCUAUCGUGGAAAAACAUUGUAUAUCUGUUGAAGAUAAAUACUGAAUCCAUUUGCGAAGCCCGAUGAGUUUUUGGAAUAUAGACCAAGGUUUAUUCUUGUUACAGCAGAUAUGGUCAGGGCCUAGACCUGCCCUGACUACAGCCCAACAGCCUCUCCCCACCAGCAGUAUGUCCCAACCACAUCUUGCCCCAUCUUCCUAGUCUCUCCCCAGUAUCUGCCCCAGAGCAUUUGAGCUCUGAGUAUUUAUACAGAAAUACAAGUUACAUACAUAUCAAAGCAGAGGGACUUUGGUUUCAGAAGCUGGUGCUAAAUGAACAUACAGUUGAGGACAACAAAAGGGCUUCCUGAAGGAGACAAUUGUGUCUGAUGAACCUUUACACAUGUUCGUGACUGGUCUGGGUUUCAGGUAGAAAUCACAUUCAUUUACACAAAGACAGAUUGAAAGAAAUCUUUCCACAAUCUAAAUUUCUAUCACACAUUGUCCCUUUUGAUUAUUCAUUAAUCAUACUUCAUCAUCGUCAUAAACAGAAAAUGCAGAGAAAUAUUGUGGAUUUAAAACAGUCCAUGGAGUUGAAGUGAGUUCCAUUAGUUUGUUGGAUUCAAAAAAUGAAGGCAAAUUCAACAGUUCACUUUUAAGAAGGAUUGUUUUGUUCAGUUUGUCCAUAUUCAAUAUGAUUUGUAGUCACAAGUUGAAUGUCGCCUGUCCUCUGUCCCUUUGUCCUCCCUUGGCCACUCUCUGAGCCACAGCUCGUCUCUGGAGUCAUCCUUUGACCCAUGUGUCCAUCUUCAGGGUUGUGGUUGAGCAUGCGAGGAACAGGUCGCGUUUUGAAAAGUUUGAAUGGCUGAACUUUUGUGAAGUUUUUCUCCAGUGACAGUUGUAAAGCAGAAGAAUGGUUAAAUGAUGCAGGUCUGGUACUGUCCAGGAGAAGAUGCUUUUGGUUGGACAAGGUGGAACGCUAUUUCCUGGCUUCAGACCAUUCAUGGUGGUUGUCUUUGUCUUGAAGGGCAUUGUCAGAUUACAGGUCUUGUAGUUGAAAAAUGGAAAACAGUCUCUAAGUGAUCUAAACUAAUUUUCUAAUAUUCCCCCUUUGACACAUUUAUGUGUCAAUUUUUGUUCUAAGCAGGCAUCUGUGUUGGCUUUGUUGUCUUCUACUGUAAGAAACUAUGUUUGGUUAAAUUGCACUUCUGAAAGAAACAUUUUCUUAAAACUGUUAGUGGUUAGUUGUUAGUGUUGUUAGUCAUAGGACAUUUGAAGAAAAGAAGAGAAAAUUAUGCAGCAUCCAUAUCUCCUGUAACAAAAUUGUAAUUAUUAAAGAAAUUUGCAGGCGCAUAGUGGUCAAGGAUGGUCAAGUCAGUCAAAUCAAGGUUUUUUUUUUUUUUUUUUUUUGUGAUCACAACCGGCUUUGAUAAGGUCUUCAUGUUGUAUUGUAUUGAAUAAUGCUGUAUGAAUGAAUGCUGAAUGAAUAAUGCUGAAUAAUGCUAUGUAAAGCGUCUUUGGGGACAGAAAAUGUCCGUGAAAGCGCUAUAUAAAUAAAGACUUACUUACUUGUCUUUAAGAGAGCUCACCAAAAUAUAGUGAAUUUCUGGAACCAAUUACAACUAAGGAGUUUUUUGGUACCAGCUGAACUUUUUUAGGACAUUAUAAAAAAUCAAUAAGCAAAACAAAACAAAUAUCAGUAAAAAGAAAAUAUAAGAAAAACAGGUAACUCUAAAAACAAACAUUUUUAGUUAAUUUCAUCCUAUCAUUUUUCUUGCUGACACUGUUGAUAACAGGCUUAAAUGUUAAACACAGAUUUUCUGAGAAUGCACAAUUUAAAACAUACAUUUUGGCUGAUCAGGUCCCAAGAACACGGAAACAUACAGUGACUUUUUUUUAUUAUUAUUAUUAUUAUUUUUUUUUUUUACAUGUUGCAACAGUUCAAAACAUAUGCAAAUUUGCAUUUGUCUUUGAACAUUUUCCAUUUACAAUACAUAAUAUCUUCAUUCUUAACUGCUGCCUUGAAUCUACUCUCCCUCACGAGAAAGUCUCAGCCCGUCUUUACACUCAUCUACACAGGGAAUUGCACCCUGUUGCCUUUUUCCAGUCAGUAACCCUAGAUAGGAGUUUCACCUAGUGACUGUUCACUAAAGACUGUUCACUUGCUAGUUACUUCUAGAGGGGAAUUUCACCCAGUGACUGUUUGGUAGUUCGCUGUAGUGACUGUGCUUACUUCUGCUCUGGAGAAUACAUUAAAGUCGUCCAAAUUCUAGAUAAUAUGUAAAGCAAGAUGUAGCAAAACUAAACCCAUGUUCAUCAAAAUAUAGGGACAAGUAAAUCAAAAAGGAAAACAAAAAACAAAACAAAGAAAAAAAACAUCAGUAGCCUUUAGAUUACUUCCAAAUGAAAGUCAUUAAUGUCCCAGGAAGUUGGAGCUGGAUCAUGUGUGGGGGCUGUGACUGGAUCACAGUCAGCACAGCAGGGGGUAGUGGCAUCGCAGGUUAGGGAAAAGGGUGGUGGCAUUUUGUAGUUCCAUAGUGACUUUCAGGUCACGCGUUGACUUGGAGAAGAUGGUGUAAAUGCAAAGGGCUCAUGGCGUAAAGAGCACUCUCGUCUCCAGUGUCCAAGUUGACAACAGAUAAAGCAUGGUUCUUUGGAAAAUCUUCUCUUGUUCUUUCAAUUGGCUCUUCUCCUCUCUUUGUUCUGCUUACAUGUUGGCUGAAGAGUCUUUAGUUGGCUAUGAAAUUGUGAAUGCAGGUGGUGAUUUUCACUUUCAUGUCUUUGGUUCUUAUUGUACAUAGUCACAGCUGCCAUAUGCAGUUCUUUCUGCAUUCUCUCUUGCUUCAUUACUUUCUUUCUCAGUAGCUGUUCAUAUGCAUGUGUGGCAUGUCUUUUCAGUUCAGUUAGGUGAGCAGCAUUUCAGCCAAUGCAAGUUUUCUUCACAGCUGAAGAAAUGUCUGUUUUUAGUCCACUGAUGAAGUAGUUAAACAGGUAUGUUUCCCAAAUAUCACAAGUCACGCCUAAGUGAUCAGGUCUUGUAAAUCCACUGUGGGUGUUAUACACUUCAGUUAAACAUGUGAGAAACUCUUCAGGGUCCUCAGUGUCUCUUUGUUUGCAGGAUUGGAUUUUGUCAGUAUCGAUGGAGGCAGGAAAGGCCUUUGUGAUAGCUAUGCAGAUGUUGUUCACAGCUUCUCUAUACAAAGCAUUAGAGUCAUGUUUCCAAUCCACAUGAUUGUAUCGCAGUUCAGUGUUAUGAAGUUGAUCAGCUAAUUUAUGCCAUUCUGUAAGUUUCAUUUUCAUGAUCAACACUCUCCUCAGUUCACUCAUAGUGGGCUUGAAGUCUUGACAAAAUGUGUUUAGUUCUUUAGCAAAAGUCUGACCUGAUGUUGUGGGAUUGGACAGAUGUUGAGAUGCUGCAGAUAUUUCAGAAGUUCAUGGACGUAAAACUAACGUUGGAUUUUGUGGACCAGAGAUUUCAGCCAUUGGCAUAGUGAGCGUUGCUUGUUCAACAUGGUGGUGUAGUCUCUGAGCAGUGGAUGAAGAGUCCUGUUGUGAUGGGGGUGGUGGAGCUUUGAGUUGUGAGAAGUUAUUUGAUGAAGGAUCAGAAAGCAACUGUUGAGACAAAAAGUUCUGUGAGUGGGGCUGUUUCAAUUCACACAUUUCAGUUGCAUCUUCAAAGAGCAGAGUUUGCUUGUGCAUAGAUUUUCUUAUUUUUGCUCUCAGCUUUAUCUUUCCACAUUUUGACACAGUCCUUGUAAUUUUCAAUGUUUUCUAAUUUUUUUUAUUAGAAAUUUUACUUUUUCUCUCAUUUCAACUUCAGUCUCACAUAACUUGUUUUCCAAUGUCAGAACAUUCUUUAAAGUGAAUGCACCAAAUUCUGAAGACUUCUUAUCUCCAUGUUUUCUUCUUAAAAAAUUAACAAUGGAACCUUCUGGUGGCGCGUACUCCCUUGAAGUUUUGCUCCCCAUUUAGUUUUAGCACUUGCAAUUUCCAAUAGCUUAGCUCUAUUCCUGUAGAAUUUUUAAUUCAUCUCACAAAAGCUAAAAUUCUCAUAUUUCAAUUACUUGAUUGACCCUUUUUCAAUAUUUUUGGCUCCAAAAUCUACCACCCAACCUGCAACAAAGACCAUCCCUUGCUCUUAAAUUUCUCACCUUUGGGACAUUCUAGACCACUCAUUCCUCAAGCCACUGAAACUACAGUUUGGCAUGUUUAGAGAAGUCCAUUUAACUCCAACAGGAGGCACACUGUCCUUUGAACAUUUCCAAGUUUGUAGUGUUUGUAGAUGAAGGAUUCCAUUAAAUUAUCUUAAAUGAAAUGAAGUCUAUAUUGCAAAAGCUCAUCAAGCAAAUCUUGCUCGAAUCCAGCGGUGAUGAUCCAGGACAGAAGCCAAUUUCCAUCCAUGUCCUUCUUUGCUCCAUGCAUGAGGAAACAAAACAAAAGCAGACAAAACUCCAUUUGCGCUGUGUUCUGGACGGUCACUUGUGGAUGGCACUUCUUGACACCGAUUUGUUGUGGCAAAAAUUACAUAUCUGUUAAAGAUAAAUAAUGAAUGCAUUUGCAAAGCCCGAUGAGUUUUUGGAAUAUAGACCAAGGUUUAUUCUUGUUACAGCAGAUAUGGUCAGGGCCUAGACCUGCCCUGACUACAGCCCAACAGCCUCUCCCCACCAGCAGUAUGUCCCAACCACAUCUUGCCCCAUCUUCCUAGUCUCUCCCCAGUAUCUGCCCCAGAGCAUUUGAGCUCUGAGUAUUUAUAUAGAAAUACAAGUUAGAUACAUAUCAAAGCAGAGGGACUUUGGUUUCAGAGGCUGGUGCUAAAUGAACAUACAGUUGAGAACAACAAAAGGCUUCCUGAAGGAGGAGACAGUUGUGUCUGAUGAACCUUUACACAUGUUCAUUACUGGUCUGGGUUUAAGGUAGAAAUCACAUUCAUUUACACAAAGACAGAUUGAAAGAAAUCUUUAUACAAUCUAAAUUUUUAUCAGAACUUCUCUGGACUAUUAACUGUAACACAACAGAUUUAGAUCAACAUGUUCCUUUUGUUGUUUUGUCCUCCCUCCUUUUGCUCCUCGUGCUAAGUCACUCCCCCUUCAGAGCAACAUCACAACAUCAGGUUUGUCUGGUUUCUGUGAACAGUUUUGUGUCAUGUUUUUGUACAUUUAUGUCCUGAUGAUUUUGCAUAAUAUUUCCUCUUUAAGUAUAAUUUUGAGGUACUUUAUGUGAGUACUUUUUACUCUGUAAUUUGAACUGGACUGAAAAGAAUCUGAGUUAUUGUAAAGAAAAUAAGAAUUGACAUUGUACUGGUAAAGCUCGUCUGAAUCUCUACAUUGAAAAACCUUGGCAUUGCUUGUGGAGUCCCCCAGGGGUCUGUUUUGGGACCAAAACUGUUCAAUAUUUACAUAAAUGAUAUAUUUACUGUAUCUCAGUCACUAAAACUUAUUCUCUUUGCAGACGACACCAACAUAUUUUAUAGUAGUCACAAUUAUAACGAACUCAUAAGUAAAAGUCUAAACGAGGAACUGAACAAAGUAAAAAAAAAGUGGAUGGAUGUGAAUAAAUUGUCAUUAAACGUGAAUUAGACCAAGA